AAGGGGUGGAGGGGUUGGAGGGCUACAUGGCAUGGUCUGAGGUGGAAGGAAGGUUGUGCAAAGUGAGGGGGCUAUGAGCUUUUGGCAAUCAUGGGAUUGCCCAUGAUGAUCCCCUUAGGCAUUUCCGAGUAGCCACCUAAGUACCUACCUAAGCCAUCUAAGUACCUUCAGCUAGCUGGGCUCUCCAGGACGGGAGUGGGGUCUAGUGGUUAGAGACGGGGGAGCUGGGACCCAGGACUCCUGGGUUCUCUCCCCAGGUCUGGGAGGGGAGUGGGAGUCUAGUGGGUUAGAGCAGGAAGUUGGCUGUGGUGCUGUCCUUUGGGCUUCUGCUUCCACCUUUGAGUAUUUGGGCGGGACUCCUGCGUUCUGUUCAUGCAGCGAUCCCUCCCAGAAUAGGUGGAGCUGAAUCUGAUCCGGGAAAGGGCAGGGAGCCAGCUAUGUGGGAAGGUGUUGAUGUCUUGGGAGUAGCUCUGGGAUUUCACUUCUGGCUUCAGCUUCUCCUUCUCUGGCUGUUUGGCUCGGGUGUGCCCCUGUGCUGAAGGAAGCAACUCGGGUCCUCCACCCCCAGGCACGGAGCCAGCAGCCUGGAACGAUAGAGGAUCCUUGGACAAAGGAGAGAAGAGAUUGGUGAUAGAGACUGGUAGAAGAGAGAAUAUCAGAAAAAGAUGUUGAUCAUUGUCUCCACGCUGGUGAGCCUGCUGCACCCGGUGCUGUCGGCCAUGUCGGGGGCUCUGCGGUGGCAGGGCCUGGAGCACUGGUUCUUCCUGCUGGGUCUGCGCUUGCUGGCCCUGUACUUCGCCAGUUCGCCGUGGGAGAGCGCGCGGGAUGAUCUGGCGUGUGCCUGGAACCGCAGCCAGGAGGAGGAGAACCGGCGCUUCUGCACCUCCGUCUGCUACAACCGCCACUUCCUGGACCCCGUCACGGCCACCUGGGGCUUCUCCUUCCUCAUCGCCCUGCUCCCCAUCACCAUCAUGAGAAUGCUGUACCCCCAGGAAGAUUGUCAGGGCCAGGGGGGGCAGGAGGACAUGGCAUCGACCAGAUCCAACGUGGCUGCUGGGCACAGGUUGGUGGGAGAAUCCAACAUGGCCACUAAACCCAAGCUGGCAGGGGAAUCCAACCCGGCUGCUAAAUCCAAUAUGGCUGCCGAGCCCAGGCCGGUGGGAGACUCCAACAUGGCCGCCACCCCAAAACUGGUUGACACGACCAACAUGGCUCCCAAAGACAACACGGUUGGCCUGAGUGGUGUGACCGGGCCGCCGGCAGGACCCAACAUGGCUGCCCAGCCGCCCUGGUGUGCCGGCGUCAUCACCGUGUGCAUCGCUGUGCUGCUGGCCACGGAGGUCGGAUUCCUGUGGGCCCUGCUGGCCCGGCAGCUGCCCAUGGUAUCAGAGCCCACCUUCCCCUGCUUCCCCGGCACCCCGGCCUGCCCCCCUGUCCUUGAGUGCACCAUAUGGGGCCAGGCCGACAAGCGCAUGGCGCUGGGCUCCCUGGCCCUCACCGCCUGCGUCAGCAUCCUGGUCUGCCUGGGCUCUGGGGGUGUGUGGCUAGGCCGGGCCACCUGUUGCCGUGGGAGACAGGAUGGGGAGCAGGCCCCAGAGUGGGGACAGAUGAGGGAAGGGAGCGGGUGUUGGAAGGAAACAGGGCGAGACUUGGAAGUGAAUUCAAAAGAUGACUAG